GAUGGAUAGUCCUGUAUCAUGGACAGUACCAUCUAAUUCUACCCCUGUUGAUCCUCAAGGACCCCCGCAUUGGUCCAGUGAUCUUGGUGAUGUCAAAGUUCUGGACUUUAGAGUUCAAUUUUCGACUGAUAAAGGUUUUGAAGGAACAAAGGCAGACUGGUAAGAAAACUUUGGUGCGGACCGGUGAAAAAAUAUUUCUAUAAAGCCGGUUUUCCACUUCAAGCGUACCGUACCGAAACGUAUAAAAAACGUUUUUAAAUUUCAAAAUUUCGUAAAUGUUGAUUGGUUUAUUGGUUGAUUGACUUGCAACGAACUUUUCAUUUUGAUACGCGAAUACACCCGGGAUUUACGUUGAUUUACAAACUUAUUUUCAAUCUGCGCAUGCUCACCAGGACGUUUCGGUACGAUACGGGCGAAGUGGAAAACCUGCUUAAAACUUUCUGAACUAAACUACUGUAAUCAGUUAAGAAUAGUAACGGCAAUAAAACGACAAAAAGUGAGAAAGUUGCAGGAAACAAUAUCAAACAAUACAGGAAACGUAACCAAGAAAACGAACCAUCAACACUUGGCAUAAAAACUGCACAGGGUAUUGGGGACACUCUAUCUUUGUAUUCUGCAAUGAGCAAUUUUGUGAUCACAUGAGCACUACAACAAAAAAAAAUACUGAUGCGCUUUCUAAAAAGUUAAAGAUGCAUGCCCUUUUAUAAAUUUGAUUUGCUUUCCACCCUUCGUAUAUGGAAAGUCCUGCAAGUAGGAGAAAAACCCGAGUGCUGUGAAAAUUGCAUAACGGUAAAAAAUUUCCUCUUUUUACUGUAGGUUUUAUCGAUUACAUCCGCAACCGAAAUUUGGAAAUCUAUUUGAUGUGAACAAUGGAUGUCCGUAUCUGCAAGCUGGAAUCGGAAAUAUUUCAUUUGUCAAGGAUCUUUCGACGCAGUCUGUCCUUACUAAAAAUUUCAAGUGCUCAAAGUUUGGACCACAUACACAUGAUAUGUUGGGAUGGGUAUACAGUUAAUUUUAAAAUAAUCUUAUACAUGGUGUCCCAAAAGAAUGGCUCCCACUGUAUUUUUGCGGUAUUACAAGAGGGUCCUGAAGGGGGGGAGGGGGUCGUAUUUCCAUUUCCCAGCCCACAUUUGACAAAAUCCCAUUGUCCCAGAGCACAAUGAUCCCAUCAUCUCAGUGGCUGUCCUGCUCAAAUCUUAAUCCAUUCCCAUUUUUAUUGUUUUUAUGCUGAUGAAUCCCAGUCCCAGUGCAUGAAAUCCCAUUUUCCCACCCAAAAAUAAGCAAAUCCCAGUUCCCAUUUUACCCCUUCAGGACCCUCUUACAACAUCCGCUUUAGUAAAAGUUUCAGAUUUCUUUCCUGGAUGAAAUAACUAUCAAAGCAGUUUUACAUGUGAUCUAUUGAUAUUUGACUUAUCAAAUAACCAAUUGUUGAAGGGAUUUGUAUGGAUGGAAAUUUCGAGUAAAAUUUUUAUACAUUUAUUUGGUCUAAUGGCUGUUCGCAGGCUAUGACAGGAAUCGAACCUCCGGCCAUAGAUAUCGUAUAUACACUAGAUAGUGCAUCUAAUUAUUCUACAAUUCAACAAUUGAAGCUGUGAUUGCAGUCUCAGGUCGUUCCCAUGAAAUGAGAAGAUUCGCAUGUUUUCUACAUUUCUUAAACAGGAAACUUAACUAUUCCAAAUACGUUUUUAAACUAUUCAAAUGAUGAAAGUUAUUGUUGUUUUUAAGCGUUUAUUAGCAAGUGAGAACGACCAACAUGGCCGCCAUCUAUUCAAAUGGGGGUAACCGCUGGAAUAUUCUUGGCUUCAAUUUUACUAAAAGAGAUGCGCUAUCUAGUGUAUAUAAAAUAUCAAUGCCUGUGACCCUGUGAUUAAGAUCCAGCGCUCUGCGACUCUCUGAGCUACAAAGAGUUGCAGGUUCAAUUCCUUCCCAGAGGACCAAUAGACGCAUUUUUCACAACUGCUCCUGGUUAUAGGUCUAACGGGUGUAUAAAAAUUCCACUCUUAAUCAUAUAGAGGGCAAAAUUACUCAAAUAUGAUUGGCUACUGAUGAGGGAAGUUUUUCUUAAUUCAGGGCAAAAUUACUUCUGCCUGAUUGGCUAAGACGCAAGCGCGAGAAGUUUCUUGUUUUAAAUAACAAUCAAAACAAUGGCUUCUCGCUUUGUCGUUGCGGAUGAUGUUACUGAAGAAUUAAAAAAUUCUAGUGAAAACUCGAACAUUAGAAAACUGAAAAAGUACAAAUUUAAUGGUUGGAGUAUUUAAAAAAUGGGCAGCAUUAAGGAUCAUCGGCGAAGACAUGACAAGUUCACAAUUAACUUACGAACAAAUUUUGCCAACCUCGUUCCCAGGCUCUUUGCUCUUGGGAAGCAAAGACCCUGGUCGGAGCUGGUCACGUGACCCAUAGAAAAUUGAUAGCCCAAGAGGGGGAUGGAAAAGUCUCAUAUUACAUGUUUCCACUUCCGCACUUCGCACUUCGAUUGCAAGGAGUGGCCGUUCUGUACAAUC